GUGGUAGAAGAAGAAGAAGAAGAAGAAGAAGAGGAGGAAGAGACGAACUGACACAAGACACCAGCAUGCAGGGCUGCUGCACACCUGCUCGUACUACACAAACCAAAACUAAACUCGUCAGCAGAGCAAUUCCUUAUUCACGAUACAGCAAUUCGCCGAGCUCCGUCCGGUCCGGAUGGUUAAGGAAACGUCCCGCGGCUCCGUGUUGUAGGCUAUGAGUGUGGGUGAUGGAGGACAGUCAAUGUGGGGACCUGGACCACCUGAUCCAAGAUGAGUUUACCCUGAUCGAAGGGGUUAGCAACCCGGUCUUAUUUGUCGUGGUGCUAACUAUCAGCUUCCUUGCAGGCCUCCUCACUUUGCUCUGCAGACAAGAGCAGCAGAACAUUCACCCUGAGAAUCAGGAGCAUGUUCGAGCCGUCCGACAACAGCUCCAAACCGAGCAGGAUGAAAACUCUCAGGCAGAGGACAGGCAGCAGUAUUACACAGACAUGUCCUGUCCUGUUUGUUUACAGCAGGCAGUUCUGCCUGUAGAAACCAAUUGUGGACAUCUUUUCUGUGGAUCUUGCAUUAUAGCCUACUGGAGGUACGGCACAUGGCUCGGUGCUAUCAACUGCCCCAUCUGCAGACAAAUGGUAACUUUGCUGUUCCCGCUAUUUCAUGAGCACACCAAUCCUCAGAGGGUCCAGGAUGGGGGGGCGGAGCCUCAACUGAUCCUCACAGACAUAAACGAUUACAACCGCAGGUUCUCAGGCCAGCCAAGAUCUUAUAUGGACAGGCUGCGAGAUGUGCCCACCCUGCUUCGUCAUGCCUUCAGGGAGAUGUUCUCAGUGGGUGGCCUCUUCUGGAUGUUCAGGAUUCGAAUUCUUCUCUGCCUUGUGGGAGCGAUCACCUACCUGGCCUCACCGCUCGACAUCAUCCCUGAGGCCCUUUUUGGUCUGCUGGGAUUUAUGGACGAUUUCUUUGUGAUCCUGCUGCUGUUUGUGUACAUCUCUAUCAUGUACAGAGAGGUGGUUACACAGAGGCUGAAUGGCUAGAGGUUUACACACAAGAGGACUUUGCUCGCUCGUAGCGGGCUCGGGAGGCGUGAACGUACCAUCUGAGGUGGAUGGGUGAAGACCAACUGGAAGAACACAAGUCGAUCCAUACUGCUGCGUCUCUCGAGAGGUUUACGUUGAAUCCUGGGAUCUCAGUUGGUCACUAAAGUGAGGUCAGCGACAUGCGGUGUCACUGUUCGCUCUGUAGAUGGCAUUCACCAUUAACAGUUUAUAGAUUGAAUCACAUCAAGGGGAACAACAAUACAUCACAAAAUUGUUUUAGUCCAUUCAAUGACUUGAGGAGCCCCCUUAACCAGUCAAUUCUGUCAGCAUUGGCAGUUAUUUGGUUUAUGUGCAUGAACAUAACAAAGACGACUGUGUAACAUUACGUGGUGUUGAAUGUCCUGUAUAAUUUGCAGUAUCUUGAUUCUAUGCAUUUAAAUUUGGCUGUUUGCGGUGAGAUUUUUGAGUGUAGAACCAUCUUCCUGUGGCUAUCUCAGCCUGCUUGGUCCAUUAAACUGAGGGUGCAUUUAUUAAGUUACCUAUGACUAUGCAUAUUCAUAAUGACAACACAAACACAGAUUUUCAUGCUUGUGAGAAAAUCACUUAAUCAUUCUGCUUCCAACAGUUUACAUUUAUUGCUCAGAUCUGACAGAGUCUGAACCUCUCUGAAUGUGUUUGCAUAAACGAAAGAUUCACAAGACAAUCAGACCUAGUAUGAUAAUGAUAGGCAAAUCUUUAUUUAAUAAAUUAAAAGUUGGUUGGUCUUUAAUUGUCAAAACUAAGGUGUGAAAUGUGUUUCCUAAUAUGUGAGCUGUUAGUAAAUUAAAAAGAUAAUUCAUAUUUCUAAAUUAAAGAGCGAUAUGUGAUUAAGUUAGUUUCUUUUUUGCGGAUUAAUAUUUUUUGCCACACAAUCCUGGUCUUCUGUGUGCUCGCGGUAAAGCUGCCGUUCUCAUGCUCAACCUUUUUACCCUUUUUCUUAAAUUUGGAGGAAUGAGUUCCAGUCCCUUCCAGCUUUGUCUGGCAGGCUGAAUUUACUGUUGGUCCGUGAGGGAUCAUGACCCUCUGAAAAUGACUGCGUCAGAGUGGCAACUGAAACUGUAUCUAGGACAUUUGUCCUCUUGAGGCUCUGAAUGCUGAGCAAGCACAUUCCUUUAUUCAUGUUCAUUAAAAAGUAGCAGAAGUGAAAUGUACAUUACGUAUCUUUGACCGCUUCAAUCCAGUCCUAUUUGCAAGGUGUGGAGCAUGCCAAGCGUUGUCUUGCCUUUUUAUGGUUCUUACGAAUUCAUGUGUCCCCAGGUUUGUCUCAGGAGUGUUGGAACAACCGCCACCCUUUUUGUAAAUGCUUCUGCUCAUCUCCAGCAAAGAACUGGUUAGGUGAGAGUAAAAUACUGUAGCUGCU